AUGGUUGCCGAGGAUCUCAUUGCUAUGCUUCACACUGUCAUACUUGAACCAUCAGCGGACCUGUUGACAGGUUCGUCGUGGGCCACGACAGUAGAAGGACCACAGAACUUUCAAGAUUUCUCAGACAAUGGAUCCGCCCAUUCCGGAGAAGCCGAGGAGUUCAUUUUCACAUCUGGCCAUGCUACGCCCCGAGGAACCAGGGUGCCUUCCCAAGGAAACUGGUCCACAUCCAGGACUACCGCUUCUGUGGCCCAAGGUGGACAAGCCAUGUCCAGGGUGAGCUCAAGCAGGUCUAGCGGCUCUUCGCUGUCACAAUCAUCACAUCUGUCCAACAUGGACUUCACAGGUAAUGCUUCCGCUCUUCAGACUGGAACCCAGACCGGUGCUACCUUGCAUGGGAUUGAUACUUGCCUCCUGGAUCCCACCGAUGGUAUUACGAACCAGAUGUACUGGCCCGGCUACCCCCUUGACGGUGGACUGAACGGUGAUGCCACCUUUUCUCUUACCGAUGCCAACCCUCUGCAUGUCGUUCCCUCUCACAUGCAGCUCGGUCCUGAUGUUUCCCUGAUCGAGAACUCUCCUCCCAGCCCUUGGGACUGCUUUUCUAGCUCCAUCUCUCGAUCAUCUUCUCCCAACACUAUUGAGGAUUUGUGGUUCCCUAACCAGAGCCCAAACUCAUCUCCUGAGAUUCAGUGCCAGUCACCGAGCCUGGAUCGGAACCUCCCUUUGAUCUCUGAAGAUGCCAAUGGAAAGGCCAUGCCCACUUUUGACGAGCUUCCUGCUGCCACCUCUGCCUUCACCGGUCCACGACGACAGAACAGCGAUGGUGAGUCAGCUCGGGACCAUGACCUAUACAAGAAGGCCGCUCCAUACGAGGAUGGACUUUAUCACUGCCCAUGGGAAGGACAACCAAGCUGCAACCACCGACCCGAGAAGCUAAAGUGCAACUAUGACAAAUUUGUGGACUCCCACUUGAAGCCCUACCGCUGCAAGGCUGAGUCGUGCGAGGGCGCCCGCUUCUCGUCGACUGCUUGCCUCCUCCGCCAUGAACGUGAGGCCCACGGACUCCAUGGUCAUGGCGACAAGCCUUUCCUCUGUGUUUAUGAGGGCUGUGAGCGCGCCGUUCCUGGAAAUGGAUUCCCUCGCCAGUGGAACUUGCGUGACCACAUGAAGCGUGUUCACAACGACCACGGAAGCUCCAGCGGCUCACCUACAACUGGAUCUGCUCAGCCUGCUAAGGGACGUAAGCGCAAGACUGAGACUGCCGAGGCUCAGACUUCCCACAGCCGCAAGGCGACUGUCAAGUCUAUGCCUCCUCCCCCGGAGCCCAAGGAGAACAUGACCCAACCCCUUAUUGACCAGUGGAUGGAGCACCGCAAGGCUGUGGAGAGCCUCAUGCGAAACCUCAUCAAGCCUGAGGAUACCCAGAACCUCCAGCACAUCGGAACUCUCCAGAACCGUCUGGGUUCCAUGAUGAAGCUUACCAACGACCUCAAUGCCAUCAACAACCCAGGAAACACGCUGGUUGGCACUGGCUGA